CCCCUCGCCGCCGGACGCGACGGCCACAACACACCGGAACCGGGAAAUAAUCGGAAUAAUUCCGCGUUCCCCAUCCGAUCCCGGAAAUAUCCCCAAGGGGAGGGAAACCCUCGCCCCCCGCUCCUCCCCCGCCGCCGGCCGCCAGAUCUCCGGCCAUGGACGACGACGGCGCGGCCUCCCGGUCGCCGUCGCGCUCGCCGUCCCGGUCGCCAUCGCGCUCCCCGUCCCCGCUCCCCGUCGCCGACCCCGUCACGGUCGCCGCCGCGCCGCCCGGCCACGUCGCCGUCGCUAUCCCGCUCCGCAAGCCUUCCCCUUCCUCGGGCGGCGGCCGUGAGGACGCGUGGAGCGACGGCGCCACCUCCACGCUCAUCGACGCCUGGGGGGAGAGGUUCGUGGCGCUGGGCCGAGGCAGCCUCCGGCACCCGCAGUGGCAGGAGGUCGCCGAGGUGGUCUCCUCCCGCGACGGCUACUCCAAGGCGCCCAAGUCGGACGUGCAGUGCAAGAACCGCAUCGACACGCUCAAGAAGAAGUACAAGAUCGAGAAGGCCAAGCACGACUCCGACUGGCGCUACUUCGACCGCCUCGACGACCUGCUCGCCCCCGUGCUCAAGCUCAAUUCCUCCUCCUCCUCCUCGGCUGCUGCUGCUGCGGCGGCGGCGGCCGCCGCCGCAGCCCGGAGCGCGGGGCCCAUGGUGCCGCCGCGCAUCAACUUCCCGCAGCGCACCCGCACGCCGCUCCAUUCCUCGGCGGGGGGCAAGCGGAGGAUGCCGCCGUCGCCGCCGCCGCAGCCGUCGGCGUCGUCCGACUCCUCCGACGGGUUCCCGCCGUCUUCCGGGGUGGCGAACGGGAAGAGGCUGCAGCGCGUGGAGGAGCCCUUGGCGGUGGCGGCGGCCAACGGUGGCGCGGAGAGCAGCAGCGUGAGCCGCGCGCAGGGCCUGCGCGACCUGGCGCAGGCGAUCCGGCGGCUAGGGGAGGUGUACGAGCGCGUGGAGAACGCCAGGAGGGAGCAGGAGCUCCGGAUGGAGCGGGAUCGCCUGGAGUCCGCGCGGCAGAUGGAGGAGCAGCGCGUGCAGUUCUUCCUCAAGAUGCAGAUGGAACUCUCCAAGGCCGCCAUGGGCGGCGGCGAUGCGGCAGCCACCACCGCGCCCAUGGCCAUGGCCGUCCCCAUCCCUGCCGACGGCAAUGGCACGCGGAGAGCUGGCGUGACCGCCGAGGUCGCCACCAGCAGCAAUCACCGCGUCCGGUACCGCAUCAAGGCCGGCAGCAGCAGGCACCACCACCCUGCCCCGCCGCAGCAGGCACAUUACCAGAACAGCACGAGCCCCACCGGUGGCGACGGCGAUGGUAACGGCAGCGACUCGGACAACAAGGAAGCCGCACAGGAAGAGGAUGCGGAAGACGAGGAGGAGGAAGAGAGCCAGUGAUGAUUGAUUGCUCUCGCCGGUUCUUCUCCAGCAAUGGAAUGGUAACUCAAUAGAAACUUGCAUCUUCUGUUAGUAAUCGGUGUUUUGUGCUAGCAGAAGAAAUUUGGUGCUCCCAGACUGUGGAGUGAGAUCAACUAGGUGGGGUGGGGUGGUAGUGGUGGUGUUAGCAACAACGAGAAGCAAAGGAUUAGCAUUGAUUGAAUUAUGGUAAGUACUAGUAGCUGAAUAGUGUGGGGGGUGACUGUGUAACUUGCUGUACCUGCCCUGUUUGUGCCCGUGAUUGUGCUGCUCUGUUGUCAGGGAAUUGUCAUAGAGAGAGUUUGUCAUCAUACUGUCCUAUGUAACAUGCUUAACUUUGUGGAAAUUGUUAGCUGUAUUUGUGUUAAUUCUUGGAAUGAGUAUGGGUAUCUGUUCAGUGCUCA